GCAUGCUUGAAGAGAGAGAGAGAGAGAGAGAGAGAGAGAGAGAGAGAGAGAGGUUUCUAAUUUGUAAUGGUCAACCUAUGACGACAAAGGGAGAUGGGAAAUUAUAAUUCCACAGACCCCGAUUCGUCUCUCUACUCAUUUCUUUUCUUUCCUUGCUGAUUAAUACCGAGUCCCCACGCCGCCCUUCCCACAAGAAUACCAUUUUUCACACAUUCGUCCAUUAUUUUUGGAUCAAGAAGAUCACCUUGCCCUCCAUAUAUAUAACCUUUUCGAUAUAUAGUCGGUGCUCUACUUCAACAAGAAUAAUUAAUAGGUUUGAUACAAUGGGUGAUCUCGAGGAUGUUCGUAACACAGGCCUUGCUCUUGCUCUAGGCAGCCACGAAAAAACAGAAAACCACUUGCAGCCUGAUCAUCAAGAUAAGAAGAAGGGGAAGAAGGAGAAGUUCUCCUUAAAGUACGACAACCUGUUCCCUUCUCUUACGCUAGGUCCAUCUGAGGUACUCGAAACAACCACGUACGGCCAAUUGCCUGAUACAAAGAUGGACGCAGGAAAAGUGUGCGGUGAAUCAGUGGAUUUGCAAAAGCAGGCAUCUUCUGUCAGCGGAGUAUCAUCGUUUUCUAACUCAUCCAGCAUCAAGAAGGAGAGAGAAUCUGGGGGUGAAGAGGUUGAGGUAGAAAGAGUGUCUUCAAGGGUAAGCGAUGAGGAUGAAGAGGCUAGUCCAAGGAAGAAACUCAGACUCACCAAAGAGCAAUCGGCUGUUUUGGAAGACAGCUUUAAAGAACACGCUACCCUCAACCCUAAGCAAAAGAAAGACUUGGCUCAGCAGCUGAAUCUACGGCCGAGACAAGUAGAAGUGUGGUUCCAGAACAGGAGAGCCAGGACUAAGCUGAAGCAAACAGAAGUAGAUUGUGAAUUACUGAAGAAACGCUGUGAGACACUAACAGACGAGAACAAGAGGCUACAGAAAGAGCUCCAAGAGCUGAAAUCAUUGAAAAGUGCUAUAGCCGCGCCUUUUUAUAUGCAGCUUCCUGCAGCCACUCUUACUCUGUGCCCAUCCUGCGAGAGGGUUUCUUCUGCUGGUGAUGGCUCUUCUACAAAUCCUUUCUCAAUUGGGGCGCCAAAGCCUCACUUAAUCUACAAUCCCUUCACCCAUCCAUCGGCAGCUUGCUAGCUAGCUAGCUAGCUAGGCAUAUCCUUAAAGGCCAGAACGACUCCGAUUUCUUCAGGACUUUCUGUGUCAUAUAAUAUAUAAUAUGUACGAAUAAUAAAUUAGCUUAAUUAAUUUGUACAGAUUAGUUCAAUAUACAGUAUAAAAAUGAAUGAAUUAAGUUAAUUAGCACUUUAA